UUCCUGCGUUGCCGCUGUGCCACAAAUCAACGGCUGCGAGAUUGCAAGCAGCAGCGAGUGCAGCAGCGAGUGCAAUAAUGCGCACGCAGGAGCGCACAGUAGCAGCGCCUGCAACGGCUGUAAUGGCCGUGAGGUGUCACCACCACUGCGUCUACUAGUGCUUGCUUUGAGCCCACCCCUCCUUGAUCCCUCCCUCCCUCUUCCCCGGAUCGCUCACCGCCUGGACCCCGAGCCUCCGGAAUCUUUGCAAAAACGGCGUCGCCCAUUGGCCGGCGAGGCGACCCCAGUCUCGGGCGGCUUCAGGUGGCCGUGAUCUGGUGACGCGCUUUUUUCGGCCCAUUGUUUUCUUUGCGCUUUUAAUUCUUCUUCUUCCUCCUCCUUUUCAUGUGAGAUUGCACAGUUUGCGCUCUGUGUAUCCGUGCGGCCGCUGAUGGGGAUUGGAAAGUCUGCGCCUUUAGGUUGUUGAAGUUGACGUGGGCGACGCGGCGGCGCGAUGGGGAUCUCGGCGCGGUGGCUCAAGUCGUUGGUUGGGCUGAGGAAAGUGGAGAGGCAGCAGCAGCAGCAUCGUAAGGAGGAUGCAUAUGUUGGACGAAUGGAAGAACUGCAUAAACCUGAUGCCACAGAUCAAUUUCACUGCCAGAAUCAGCACUCCCAAGAUGACAAUAACCUUGUUGCACAAGAAGACUUCACUAAUGAAAGUGGUCCACCAGAAGGUGAUUCUGAUUUACCUUCAUGCUUGGAACCCACUUGCAGUUCACUUCAUGAGCCAUUACCUCAAACUGAAGAGGAACUCAAAGAGAUCUGGGCUGCCACAGUUAUUCAGACUGCAUUUAGAGCCUUCCUGGCUAGGAGAGCACGCAGAGCUUUAAAAGGACUGGUCAGGCUUCAAGCCCUUGCAAGAGGGCAUAUAGUAAGAAAGCAAGCUGCUAUAACACUCCGCUGUAUGCAAGCUUUGGUCCGGGUUCAAGCACGUGUUAGAGCAAGGCGAGUUCGUGUGGCUUUGGAAAACCAGACUGAUCACCAAAAUACUUUACAAGAGCAAAUUAACGAGGCACAGGCACAUGUCCGAGAAAUUGAGGAUGGCUGGUGUGAUAGUAUUGGGUCUGUGGAAGACAUCCAAGCAAAACUUCUAAAGAGGCAGGAAGCAGCAGCUAAACGCGAGCGAGCCAUGGCCUAUGCUCUUACUCACCAGUGGCAAGCAAGUUCAAGACAAACUACAGCAUUUGAACCUGACAAGAACAGCUGGGGCUGGAAUUGGCUAGAAAGAUGGAUGGCUGUUCGUCCUUGGGAAAGUCGGUUCCUUGGCACUUAUGCAGCUGACGGGAGUGCCAUGGGUAAUGAAGCUAGGCAAGCUGAGGGAAAUGUAGCCAAGACUCCACACACGAAACCUGUUAAAAAGCAUACUCCAACCCUUCAUUCAAACACGUUGAACCAGAAGGCCUGCCUGUCGAACUCAGAGGGUGGUGGCUCCUUGUCAAACCGGUCCGGUUCUGCUUCAGGUAAAUCGAGACUGAAGUUGUUACCCAGAAAAGCUUCUGAUGAAGCUUCAUCUCGUCCUUCAGAACCUGGAGUGCGGUCCAGUAAUAAUCCAAAGGAGAGGACUGGGGAUUUGGAUUGUCAGGUUAAUAAAAGAUGCUCCUUGCCUGCCAGUGCUGUUGAAGCUGGCAAAUGCCUGAAGAGGAAAGCCGCGGUUAACCGAUCCCUGAAGUCUAGAAAAGAUACCCAAAUAUUGGGGUCAAGGCAUCAUCUUGCCAGUUCCAUUGAUCCGUUGCCUAACAACAGAGUUGAGCUGGAGACUUGACAAACCGAGUGAAGCUGGAGCUCCAUCAUCAUCGCGGAUUUCACUCUGCAAUUCGGAUGCCAUUCAUGGCUGUGUUGCUACAUGCAUGUCUUGGCUGCCUUAGGCUGUGAAGAUCAAACCAAGCUACAUGCUUUGCGGCCCAGCAUUUCGUCACGAUAUAGAUGUGCACUCAGCUCAUUCCAUGAGAUCAAAUUAGAUGCUUGUCCAUAUAUGCGGAGGUUACUAUUAGUUCUAUUGUUGUAUUUGCAUCUGAGACAUGUAUAACUUUGUGUAUGUGACUGGUGUCCCUAUGAGUUGUUGGUCCAUGGUAUUGGUAUGGUUGGUUACUCUGAAGGUUAAGUAAGGUAAAUCUGUUGAUCCAUGGCUGAACUGUUGUUUUGUUAAGGUUAAGUGAAGUAAAUCUGUUACAGCUCAUA